AUGUCCUCCACCACAUACGACUACAUAAUCGCCGGCGGCGGCCUCUCCGGCUGCGUUCUCGCCUCACGCCUCGCGCAAGCCCUCCCCUCCCACAAAAUCCUGCUCCUCGAAACAGGCCCCGACUCCCGCAACAACGACGCCAUAGCCUCCCCGGGAAACGCCUGGAUGAUCACCCCGGACUACUACCACAACUACGAGACCCUGCCGCAGAAACAUCUGGAAGGCCGUCGCGUGGCGCUCAAAACCGGCCGGGCUCUUGGGGGAGGAAGUGCAGUGAAUUAUGGAGGUUGGACGAGGGGCGAUCGAAGCGGGUACGAUGAGUGGGCGGAUGUGGUGGGCGAUGAGCGGUGGGGGUAUGAGGCUUUACUGCCGUAUUUCAAGAGAGCUGAGACGUAUCCCCUCCCGGGCCUCGAGGCGCAGCAUGGCUACGACGGGCCGAUCAAGCCUAGUCGGGGCGAUAGGGGGUAUUUGCUCAAGGAGGAUGUUCGGGAGGCGAUGCUGUCCACGGGGGUUGAGGUGAAUGAGGAUGCGAAUGGGGGGGAUAUUCGGGGUGUGGCGCGGCUGGUGGAGAGUUGGAAUCGCAGGAGGCGGACGUUUGCGGCGGGGGAUUAUGAUUUAAGUAAGGGGGAGGUUUUGACGGGAAGGACUGUUGCGAGGGUUGUGCUUGAGGGGGGCGUGGCGAGGGGGGUGGUGUUGGGGGAUGGGAAGAGAUUGGAGGCGAGGACGGAGGUUAUCAUUUCCUGUGGAGCGCUGAGGACGCCGCAGGUGUUGAUGCUCUCCGGUAUUGGCCCUCGAUCUCAACUCGAGAAGUUCGGGAUCGAAGUCAUCGUCGACUCCCCCCAAGUCGGCGAGAACUUGCACGACCACGGCAUGGUCUCCUUCUGGUACAAACUCCGGCACCCCGAACAAGGCCUCGCCAUCGGCUCCGAGAAAUUCAUUCCAUUCGAGGCGCCGCCCAUGGACGGGAGCCAUAUUACGGUCUCGGUCAUUGGAAUCCACGCCACUUCACGCGGCAGCGUCUCCCUCGCAAGCACCGAUCCUGACGAAUUACCGCUCAUAGACCCAGCAUACCUCGCCACAGAACACGAUCGCGCCGUGAUCCGCACCGGAGCGAAAAUCGUCGCUCAGAUGAUGGAGUCGCCGGCUGGGCAGAGGAUCUCCGUAGGCGAGACUCCACCAGGCCCUUUCGCACCCUUGACGUCCAAGACAUCGGCUCGUGAGAUCGAUGAGCGGGCGAGGGCGUGUAUGGCUACGACGUAUCAUCUGGCGGGGAGUGUGGCGAUGGGGCAGGUCGUGGAUGCGGAGUGUCGGGUUAAGGGGGUAAAGGGUCUGAGGGUGGUGGAUGCGAGUAUCAUGCCUGUGUCGAUUGGAGCGCAUCUGCAGGGGAGUCUGUAUGGGAUUGCGGAGAGGGCGGCGCAGAUGAUUAUCGAUGCUGCUGAGAACGCAUAG